AUGCGCAGCUAUCUCCCAUGGCUCCCCUUCCUCUGGACAGCCCUCGCCCAAGGCAGUCCCACUCCAGAUCGCAAUGACAAUGACAUCCUCCAAUUCGUGGACCCCCUCAUCGGCUCCACAGACGGAGGCAACGUCUUCGCCGGCGCCAGUCUCCCCUACGGCAUGGCCAAAGCCGUCGCCGACGUCGACGGGCAAAACACAGGCGGAUUUUCCACAGACGGCAGCAAAGUGACCGGGUUCUCUGCACUGCACGAUUCAGGCACGGGCGGAAACCCAUCCCUGGGAAACUUCCCCCUCUUCCCGCAGUUCUGUCCCGAUGAUCGGCUCGAUCACUGUCGGUUUCCUAAGGCCAACCGCGCCGUCCACUACAGAAAUGACUCGGUCGUCGCCCGCCCGGGAUACUUCGCUAUCGGGCUCGACAGCGGCAUCAACGCGGAGAUGACGACCACCGCGCAUGCAGCGCUCUUCCGCUUCCACUUCCCUACCCGACCUGCAGCGUCCGGCGCAGACGCAAGUCCCAUGAUCCUCCUAGACCUAACAGACCUCUGGGACAGUCGCCAAAACGCGUCCAUCGACAUCGACGCAAAGACAGGCAGCAUCCUCGCCAACGGCACAUUCCUCCCCAGCUUUGGUGCGGGAACAUACAAGUCCUACGUAUGUGUCGACUUCGCUGGCGCCUCUAUCCGCGAUACCGGCAUCUGGGUCAACGACGGCGCGGACACCGAGCCCAAACGCCUAUCCUUCGUCCCCCGCGGCUUCAACAACUUCUACCUCCAAGCUGGCGGGUUCGUGCGCUUCAAACAACCCCCCUCGGGAACAGUCACCGCACGAGUAGGCGUCAGCUACAUCAGCACGCAGCGCGCGUGCGACAACGCCCGCCGCGAGAUUCCUCACCCGCUUACCGACUUCGACGCUGUGCGCCAUCGCGCUGAAGACGCGUGGCGCGACAAGUUGAGCCCCGUGAGCAUCGUCCCGGGACGCGCCAGCCGCGAGUUACAGACAGUGUUCUGGAGCGGCCUGUACCGCACAAUGCUCGAUCCCCAAGACCUAACAGGCGAAAAUCCGCUCUGGAACAGCGACGAGCCAUACUUCGACUCCUUCUACUGCAUCUGGGACUCGUUCCGCGCGCAACACCCACUUCUGACCAUCGUUGAUCCCGAGGCGCAGUCGCGCAUGGUCCGCAGCUUGCUCGACACGUACCGCCACGAAGGCUGGCUGCCUGACUGCCGGAUGAGUCUCUGCAAGGGCUGGACGCAGGGCGGGUCAAACGCGGAUGUUGUGCUCGCCGACGCCUUCGUCAAAAACCUCACGGGUAUCGACUGGAAGUUAGCAUACGAGGCGCUCGUCAACGACGCGGAGAACGAGCCUCUCGAAUGGUCGACCCACGGCCGAGGCGGCCUGUCAAGCUGGAAAUCCCUCCACUACAUCCCAUACAAGGAUUUCGACCCCGUUGGGUUCGGGACGAACUCGCGCAGUAUCUCCCGGACUGUCGAGUACGCUUAUAAUGAUUUUUGCGUCGCGACUGUGGCGAGGGGUCUGGGCCAUCACGCCGACGCGGAUAAGUACCUCGAGCGCUCAGGUAACUGGAUUAAUCUGUUUAAGGCUGAUCAGACGAGUAACAUCAAUGGCCCUGAUCCGGGGUUUGUUGGGUUCUUCCAGCCACGCUAUAGAAAUGGGACGUGGGGGUAUCAGGAUCCGAUCGCGUGUAGUGCGCUGGCGUCGUGGUGCUCGUUGACGAGCAAUCCUUCCGAAACAUUCGAAUCAAGCGUUUGGGAAUAUCAAUUCUACGUCCCCCACUCAAUGCGCACCCUCAUCGAAACCCUCGGCGGCGACUCCCCCUUCACCUCCCGGCUGGACUUCUUCCACGAAUCCGGCCUCGCGGACCUAGGCAACGAGCCUGUCUUCCUAACAGUCUUCCAAUACCACUACGCGGGGCGGCCUGAUCUCUCAGCGGCGCGUGUGCGCUCUUAUAUUCCCUCCCGCUUUAACGCCUCCCAUGGCGGGCUUCCGGGGAAUGAUGACUCCGGGGCGAUGGGAGCGUUUGCGUUCUUUUCGCUGGUGGGAUUGUUUCCGUCGGCUGGGCAGAGUGUUUAUUUGAUUACGCCGCCUUUCUUUGAGGAGGGUUGUGGGGGGUUCUUCGCAUUCUUCUUCUUCUUCUUCUCUUUCUUCUUCUUCUUCUUCUUCUUCUUCUUCUUCUUCUUCUUCUUCUCCGUCUUCAUCUUGGUCGUCUUCGUCUUCGUCCUCUUCCUCGAAUUCCUCGUCUUCUUCGUGUUCUUCGUCGUCCUCUUCAUCUUCGUGUUCUUCGUCCUCUUCUUCAUCUUCAUCUUCCUCUUCGUCUUCGUCUUCGUCUUCGUCUUCUUCAAAAAGAGAAGGAAAACCGGCUAGGCCAGUCUUCAUCCAAAGCGCAACCCUCAACGGCCACCCAUACAAGAAAAGCUGGAUCAGUCAUGACUUUUUCACUGACGGGGGCGUGCUUGAGUUGGUGCUGGGCGAGGAGGAGAGUGAUUGGGGGCGUGCGGUGGAGGAUAGGCCGCCUAGUUGGUAGUUUUCAUCUUUGAUAUACUAUCUGAGGAAGC